GCUUCUAUUUCUGUAGGGCUCUUCAGCAGAAACCUUAUUUCACAGCUGCUGCUUUCUGCUUAACUGUUUCCCUUCAUUCAUUACACUCUGUUAGUACUCUGUAGCAAACUCAAACCACUGCAGGAAACUACAUCAUAAACAGUUACAUGGCGUCAUUCCAUCCUUCAGACGUCUAUCGUAGAUCUGUAGGAUACUCUCGCCCUGGUUUAUCUCCAUCGUGUCCUGAACUACAGUGAAACCCUCUGUUCGCCCAUUGGUGCCACCUUAAAUAGUGCAUUUCAUUGCUUGACUUACUUGCAGAGAUCGAAGGUGAAUAUAAGUAUCGUUUCAUCUGUUACAACUGUCUCUGUUUACUUAAUCAGUGCUUUGUUCUGCUGUUCUACGAUACCAAUACCGACGCAUUGCCUCAGUUGCAGAGAAACAUUUCAUGUGGUGCUGUGCGUGGGCGGAACACAUUUCCAUUCGAGCUUCCAGUAGCAGUGCGGAUGUGACAGUCUGCUAAAGCUACUCCAGACAAAUCUCGUUCCAUUCAGAAGUCGACGUGCAGGGAUUUACGGGAGCUACAGUGUGUGGUGAAACCGCGAGCGGUCGCCAGAGAGAAGAUAAAGGCGUGUUACGCAGCUGAAGAAUCAGUGACGGACUUCCCAUCGCCCGAUAAAAAGAGCAGUUCCCGAGGAAACGCGCCACUCGAGUUGAGAGUGUGCGUCCCAUUGAAUGUCGAUAUCGCUGAUGACGUUGCUUCUGCAGUGGUAACCUCUCCGGUCGUCAGUGCUCCCGGGCUGGCAAACUCGAAGGCGGGAGUGAACCAUCGGUGGUACACACUAAAACUAGUGGACUGGUUUGGAAGUUCUGUAUUGCCAGCGCCAGUUGAGAAUGAGUGCUUAAGAAAAUAGACGGCUGGGUGCACUCGCAGUGGACUGUCGCUGUAAACACAGCUUGGUGAGACGCCAGUGUCUCGUAGUGACACUACCUUUGUGCUGUUUGGGUUCUUGCGACUGUGUGAAAUUAAGCAAUUGAAGGAAGUGGUGUGUCUUCAGUGAUGACCGCGAUUUUGCGCAUUUCACGAUAUUGACGUGUAGAUCACGUUAGAAUUUGUGUGGCGUCUGAGUGCAUCUGUGUAUUAGACGUGUGUAGAGUUAUGAUAAAGUGCCCAAGUUACAUCUGGUCUCGCCUCAUUGAGACCGUCUUACUCACAUUGUGGUGAGUGAGUGCUGGUCAUGACGCCAAUCACAUCUCGACAAGCCAUGUGGAGUGUACUGUAGUUGCAUCUGGUGGACCUCAUUCUUCAGAGACAUACAGUGGUCGCAUUGAGGACCUCACCCACUUAUGAUACAGUGCCAGAUGGUUCCUAUCUGGACCAGCAUCGUCGACGUUACCUUGGUCGCAUCUACACUCAUCUCCUCGAGCCUGUCGUGGUCACUAUCGGGACCCCUUUUGCUCGAGUACCAGUAGCUACGUCGAUCGCAUCUGCGACAGCCUUGUAGACACUGCUGUUGGCGCAUCUGGAAUCGCCUCGUCUCGUGGAGCCUGUCGUUGGGAGAAUCCCCUCUCCCCCCCUCCCCUUCCCGGUGAUCGAGUGGCAGUUGUUAUCCAUCUGGACCAGCUUCGCCGACCCUCCCCUGCUGGAUUGGGGACCCCCCUGUGCUGGAGAGUCGGCGGCAACAGAGAGCUAUGGCGCCCAACCUGGAGGAGCGUUCGCUGGUGCUACCCCGCGGCCAGCGCUCGGGAGGGGCGGCCGCCUGGCACCAGAUGGCGGACACGGCGGUGGUGCGGUCUCGGCGCGAGCACCUGGCCGUCAAGGAGGCGCUGACCGCCUCCCAAGGCAUCGCCCCCGGCCCAGACCUGCCGCCCGCCGCCGCCCCCGCGCCUGCCGCCGGCAACCUGCGCACCUUUCUCAGGAAGCUCCGACAGGCCAUACGCAAAGAUGGCAGCAAGGUGACUACAGUAGUAGCAACCCCUGGCCAGGGUCCCGACAGACCACAGGAAGUGUCCUAUACGGACACAAAAGUCAUUGGGAAUGGCAGCUUUGGCGUUGUCUAUCAGGCCAAGCUAUGUGAUACAGGAGAGAUGGUGGCCAUCAAGAAGGUGCUCCAGGAUAAAAGGUUCAAGAAUCGGGAGUUGCAAAUUAUGCGGCGCCUGGAACAUUGUAACAUAGUGAAACUGAAGUACUUCUUCUAUUCGAGUGGUGACAAGAAAGAUGAAGUUUACUUGAAUCUUGUACUGGAGUAUAUACCAGAGACUGUGUACAAAGUUGCAAGGCAUUACAGUAAAUCUAAGCAAACUAUACCUACUAGUUUUAUUAAGUUGUACAUGUACCAACUGUUUCGAAGCUUGGCGUACAUUCACUCAUUAGGCAUCUGCCAUCGGGAUAUAAAACCUCAGAACUUGUUGCUGGACCCGGAGACAGGUGUUCUCAAACUGUGUGACUUUGGCAGUGCCAAGAAUCUGGUAAAGGGUGAGCCAAAUGUGUCGUACAUCUGCUCACGCUAUUACCGUGCUCCGGAGCUCAUAUUUGGGGCCAUUGACUACACCACCAAAAUAGAUGUAUGGAGUGCUGGAUGCGUGUUGGCAGAAUUGCUCCUGGGUCAGCCGAUAUUCCCAGGUGAUUCUGGCGUCGACCAGUUGGUUGAAAUCAUAAAGGUGCUCGGAACACCGACACGUGAACAGAUACGUGAGAUGAACCCUAACUACACAGAGUUCAAAUUUCCGCAGAUAAAGUCUCACCCAUGGCAGAAGGUAUUCCGUGCGCGCACUCCACCAGAGGCAAUCGAUUUGGUGUCACGUCUUCUGGAGUAUACACCGUCGUCGCGUACAUCACCGCUGCAGGCAUGUGCUCACACUUUCUUUGAUGAGCUCCGGGAGCCUAACACUCGGCUUCCCAAUGGCCGUGAGUUACCACCGCUGUUCAAUUUCACAGAGCAUGAGCUAAGCAUCCAGCCAUCUCUGAACCCCAUCCUCAUCCCGCGCCAUAUACAGGAAGCGGGUGGGGCGAGCGGUGCCGUGUCAGACGCCACGGCAGGUGCCAACCCAGGCAGUGGGGGAGCUGUUGGCACGGGGAGUAGUGUAACCGAAGGUGCUGGCAGCUCCGGAGGGGCGGGCAACGACGCCGGAGGUGUCGGAGCCGGUGCUCCGAGCAGCGGGGGCGGCGGAUCUGCGGCGACGGCCGCUUCGACGAGCAUGGCCUAGGUGCUUGUUUGCCUUUCGUGAGGGUGAGGUUGAGGGCAGUUGGCAGAGGUGUGAACAGACCACGUAAGGAGGCACUGGAACGCGGAGAAGGGUGAGGAGGGAGAAGAGGAACAGCUGCUACAGGGCGUAGUCGUGGGCAUUUGUCCAAAUAUUUUAUUUCAUUUUAUAAUUAUUACCUUUUUUACUUUUUGUUUCUAAGAAUAUUUCAUCUCCUGCUGUAGUCUUUGGAUCUUAUGAUUGUUACUAACUUUUUUAAAAAAAUGUUGGCAUUUUACUGUAAAUGAAAAGUACCUGCUGAAUGGAAUGUAUAAUUAGCCUUUCAAAAACUUGGCAUUAGAUAUGUGUAAGAAAAUUGAUUUAUCGAUUGGCUUAUUGAAGUCAUGUAUGUGAUUGUUUUAAUUAGGCGGGAAAUGUUUUAGAUACCAGUGCCACUCUGCUGGACUACAGCCAGUUUCCUUUUUUUAAAAAAAAAAAAGAUGCGAGGAGAUAGUGUAUAUACUAGUGUGGCAGUUGCCAUCCUUUUUAUGGC